AUGUCCGAUAAAGGUCUGGGAGACAUCGCGCUUUCUGUUUACAAUCAUCUCAACAACCCCAAUCGACGACCUUACCUCAAGAGAAAUGUGCGCAAAGCCCUCCGCUCUUUGACUAAUAUGGGAUCAAGAGGCUCGGCUUUAAGAUCAUCGGCUCGACUUGGAUCUCGAGAAGAGUCAAUGGCUUCGGACGAAGAAGACGGCCUACGGCCAAUGAAGCGGAGGAAGCUUUUCGACAACAGGACCACCUCUGCCAAACAUGACGACGACGACGACGACAAAAAUUUUACGAGGAGGCCCUUUGGUCAGGUGACGAACAAGAGCAACGGAGUUCCUUCUCCGUCCUCCAAGCCGGAGGCCAUCAAGCCCUCAAAUUUCUAUGGCAAGCCUAAAACAGCUCCUUCGCCCCUGGUCCCCGGGUCGCUCACAGUACGACCGAUAACGAGUAAGAAUUCUAUUAACAGAAUUCUGCCCGCGACUCUGGUGAACUUCUUCGAAUCGAUGCGAAUUGAUAUCCACCAUAUCGACCCGGGCUAUGACGAGGAAGUGAGCGACGACCGUGGGCAAGAAGCCAACAUUCCGUGCAGGUGCUUUGUUAGUAUGUUUUACGCUAAUAACGACAAAAAAUCCGGCGAUGUGGAUAGUAGAGACUUGACGAUUAACUGUAAAGAUGUCAAGGCGUGCACUUUACGAGUCAGUAUCGGCUACGAUGGAACGGUCAGGAGGGAAGUCGUCCUUCCAGAGCCAUUCAUCUUCUCGCCGACUCACUUUUACGUCAACCGAAGGAAGGACAUCAACGGCCGGUCGAUCCGCGAAUUUGGAUUUGCCGACAAGUAUCAACUGCAGAUCAAAUUGGAACCGAUGGGGUCCCACGAAGCAUGGCCUCCCCUGGGUGCACAAGGUCUAGUAUCUGAUCUCAUUGAUCAAGGAACGAUAAGCCCUGAAGAGACACACUUGCAUUGCAAGACAAAUCCGUUCGCUGACGCCGACCAACACGCAAAGCUUGAUCUACAACUUUGCUAUAAGACUAUCAAGCAGGCCAUCCCGUUCAGCUUGGAGAUACAAAUUAGAUGGGCAUCUCCCAGUCAUCUGAGUGAAAUCAGAUCCAGAAACACGAAGAUAGCCGCAGCUCGUAUGCCUGCUUCUUUUCCAGGCCCCGAGAUUUCCAAAUCUCCUAUUGCCCGCCAAGCUGAGGAUAUCACAGCUCAUGAGAGUCCCGGAGACAGCCGUGUUCCAAGACGGCGCACAGCUGUCACAACAUACAACUUGAGGACCCUGAGCAGCAUGGCUCAAAGGAGGUCACCAAAAGCUUCUCGCACGAAGAGACCAAAGCGACAGAAUCUCGACAGCGGGGAUAUCACAGUGACAUACAGCUUCAGCAGAGCAGAAGCUGCAGAGGCAGGCAUCAAGCGAGAGACGACAAUCUCAGGGCUGAACUGCCCUUUUUGUCUUUCGCGAAAUGGUAGUCUCGAGGAGCUGAGGCUACAUCUUCACACCGACCAUGGUGCCUUCAAAUUUCAUCUCCGCCGGCCAGAUCCCCCUUUCGUGACCUACUAUAUCGAAUUGGUCAAAAAUAAUAGGCCUGCUCCGACGUUUCCACAGGAACUUCAGAGAACUAUUCAGAUGGGUCUUCCUGUAAGCCUGUUUGAUCUGGAAAAGUAUAUUGGUGGAGAUGAAUCUUGGGUGAAGGCUCGCAAUGGCAGGUCUCAACCCAGCCUCCUACCCCCCCAUCUCCAACCGCAAGCACCCGAUGCCUCGUCAUCUUCAUCGCCACAUGAGUCCCGCCACAGCUCGCCAAAUACGUCAAACGACACUGAUGAUAUGAUGGGGUUUGAAAAUUGUGAGCCAAAGGCUCAGUUGCCAGUUUUCCAGCGAAGAGUCUUCUACGCCCCCACAACGAGUAAGCCGCUCUACGAGGCUACCACUAAACGUCUUUUGAAACCUGGAGAUGAGCUACCAAAAAGCGAUGACGAAACAGAUGAGGCAUGGCUCCAUCAGAGUCAACGGGACGGCUUGAACGACUUCACGGAUGAGGAUGUCUUACCCGAGGAGAAAGACUUCAUGCACCGUUGGAAUUCCUUCGUUGUCAAUGAACACCUCACAAGUGAUAAGUACCUCGCGACUGUGGUUGUUCGCUUUGUGGAAGCAAACAAGGCUUGGCUGGUAGAGAAAACCUCUCGGAGAAAGGAAUUCAUGAAGCAAGCCGAGAACUUCAUUCUCAAAGGAAUAUUUGAUGAGCGCCGUCUUCGUCACUGCUUGGGCGUCAUUGAGGAAGAGAGGAAGGCAAUAGCGGCGAGAGAGGUAGCCGAGAGGAAAGAAGAUGUUGAUAUGGACCGGAUGGAUGAGGACGAGAAAGAAGCACCUCCGGCGCGGUCCUUGCAUACAUGUGUUUGUGGCGAAUAUCAGCCUCUAGACCGGGUCACCUGUCGCGGAACUCCAACGGGCUCAGGAUUGGAGGCAUGUUGCUGUUGCCUCAGGAUGCUAGCCGGGAAAGUUGCGCGAAGCAUUGCUUGCUUGCGCUGCCAAAUACGCACAGAAAUGCCGUGUGAAGGCGAUGGAGAGCACUUCGUAGCUGAAAGAGGCUUGGAAAUAAUUCUAAUUAGAGCUGGGAGUGGGAGUGGGAGUGGGAGUGGGUGUGGAAGUGAGAGUGAGAGUGAGAGUGAGAGUGAGAGUGAGAGUGAGAGUGAGAGUGAGAGUGAGAGUGAGAGUGAGAGUGAGAGUGAGAGUGGGAUGCUAUCAAGCUUUCGACUUUGUGCAGCUAGCUACCGAUGGUCUGUAGAUGGUAAAUGCUUGUACCUUGGGGCGGGACGCUAUGUCAUCAUCCCAGCGACGACGAUCCUGAUCCCUAGUAAACUACCUCCUAUCAUGGAGCGCAAGCCAGCCCAGCCAGGCUUUGCCGCCGCCUACCCAGAGCUGGAUCAGCUCAACAAGCAGAUCGCCGAGCUCAAGCAGCGCACUCUACCAUACGAACCCCAUCUACUCACGGUACCUACGAGCACCCCCUACAGAGAAACCCCAAUCUACGAAUACCGGGGCACGCCCUUCGAGGACUAUGAAGUCAGAGAACUGCAGCACAUGACCAUGAUCUCCUCCUCCCGGCGCGGAGUGGCUCGGACGGAGGGUGACUGGCAAGCCCGGAUCGAGAGUCAGUCCCCAGCAGCCCUGCAAGCGCUCAGCAAUACAGCCACGCCUAGUCAUACGAAAGACCAGAAGGUAUACAAGAAGUUCUCCUUGCGCGAUUACGCCAACGCGAAGAAGAACGGAACCAAGCUACCUUCACCACCUACGACCGCGGGCGACACCAAGGUCGGCCAUGCCACAUAUGUCAGUGCUUCCACGAGCAGUACGCCUAUGAGUCGCCUACCCUCAUUCGAAAGUGGCGCUCCAGAGGUAAAGCUGAACGGGGUUGCCGCGCCAUUGGUCAAUUCACACAACUUGGAGAAGCCGGGUCCGAAGGGGAAUGCAAACCUUGCAGUGCCAUCUUCGAAUCGUCCUGAUACCAAGACAAAUGCUCCUGCUACGAACGCCUCUGAGCGCCCUCCAAACCAUACCCUCGCAUCACAAAGGUCACUCUCGCAUCUCAAGCCACCCGUCAACCACCAACUUCCUCCUCGACCUAAUUCUCCCCUUCGUAAGAGCUACGAUGUCAAGCCCGUGUCGGAGCAGAAGAAGCGACCAUUGGAGUCGUCCGGUGCUGGACAAUCUGAGAAGCGUGCCAAGAUUGACCAUGAUAAGAGUUCGUCCACGUCACAGAACCAUCAUCCACGCAAGAUAGACAGUUCCGAGUCGAAGAAGCUGGCGCCCGCAAAGAACAUUCAAUCGACAUCUACGCCGAACCGCGCCUCGCCGCUCCCUAACAAGACCGCCCCUGACGCCAAGUCGUCACAAGCGAAGGAGAUCAGAACGGAUAAGCCAAGACCGCUUCCUGGUAGACUUGGGCCACUGCCAGAAGAUCUCACGGAGUUGGUGAACCCGAAGAAGCCUGGAUCAGUGAACUCGACCCCCAGCGCACUGGCCAAGUACAAUGGUCAAGAUACCAUGGUCGGUAAGGAUUCUCGUGGCAAGAGCCCGUUGAGAUCCUCCACACCUGCUCAAGCUUCCCACGGCUCUCAAGCCUCCAAGAAGCUUCCCUCGCCGCUCAAGCCUCUCCCGAAGAUGCUUUCACCCACCCUUCCCGAUGUGGUCGAGCGAGAACUGGAGCGGAUUCAGGCCAAGAAGACCGCGAAGGAAAAGGAGGCAGCAAAGGAGACACCCCCGGGAGCGUCUCGUGACACUGUCGGAGCUCGGUACGAAGAAGUUCGACGACCUAACGUUCCGGGUGUUGCACGAAAGACAGUUACGCCAAAGGUGGGACACCCUCCAAAGAAGGCCCCGGGAGAAUCGAGCAAGUUGCGCCCAUCACCAGAGAAGGAAAUGGCACCAGAGGUCAAGACAAGCCUCAUUGUCAAGAUGAAGUACAAGAAACGCAUCGCCACGAACCUCCAGCGCAUUCUCCGCAUCAGUCCAAAGCCUAGCAACGAGUACCUGAGGCUUGAGAGAGAGCGUCAGGCAAGCUUGAACCCUCAACGCGGACCGAAGCCAUCAAAGAGAGAGUCCUCAGAAGAAGCAGAGUUGCCCCUUUCAACUGUCUCAGCCAAGGCUUCUACAUCAAAUAAGCGACCGAGCAGCACCAAUGAGCGAUCAGAACCGGCUGCAAAGCGCGCGAAGUUGUCUGAUAGCGUUGAUGCUUCAAAGGAAAAGAGGCCCCUCGAAACAACUUUCAAGUCUCCAGCUCCUGCCGCAAAGAGCCAGAAGGACCUGUUGCCUACGCCAAAGAAGGAAGAACCUAUUAAGAGCGUGGCUAUGCGCAAAGUUGGUUCCACCGACAGCAGCGUUCGCACCCCACAGACCAUGAACACCAAUACUCCAGCUUCGGCCGAAACGUCUCGUGUGGGCGGCGGCGAUGCUCGAUCAUACCCUAGUGAUGAUCGACAGCAACAGGAUGCCAAAAGAUUGGGCGUUGAGGCUCGGAAUCUUAAGCGUAAGAUGGAUCAGAUCCUGCAGACGAAACUCCCAGGAGGCCCAGUUUCCGUUACCGAAGAAGAUCGCAAGCAUGGAUAUGCUGUCGGUAUCGAGUGCGUCACCCGGUACAUGGAACUAUUCGCGCUCACGGAUCGUCUGAACAAAGGCCGCAAUUUUACGAUGUGGGAGUCGAACGUCGGACUCUGGACCCUCCUGGAGCGCAGCACGCUAGAGAAGCAUCCAAUUCUACACGCGCUUAAUUUGCAGCUUGGUGCUAUCCUGAAGCAAGAGAUUGGCCGCGCCUACACCGAGAACUUGCAGAGGAAUCCGCAGAAGUACGCUGCCGAUUUGACGUUUAUCGGGGGCAUGACAAAGAACUUUUUGGAACUUGAUCAGAAUUGGAAGGAGGCGCGCAAGUCCCGCUUCGUGCUUGCUGAGCUGGGUGCGCCUGAGGCUUUGGGGCCGUGGACCACAGUUGGGCAGGCUACAGUGUAUAUCCAUGCUGUCCUGGAGCUGUAUGCGAAGAAGGAGAAGACGGGCUGGAGGCUUUCGACUUCUUAG